GAAACAAAAGGGUUAACAUGAUCAGCUAAAUACUAUAGAUGAUUUUAAUUGAGAAAUAAAUUGAUGGACAGUUUCACAUCACAAUAGGACAACGGACAAAACAAUUUAACCAGAUAAUUCCACCCUUGUGCCAAAAAAACAACCAAAAAUUGUGAAAGAAGGAAAAGAAUUGGGGGAGGAAAGAGAACUCACUCUUGCUCUGCCUGCAGAACCAGAGCCAGAAAUUUCAACUUCAACAGAGAAGCCUCAAAAAAAACCAAGAAACACACACACACACACACAGCUUCCAUGGCAGAAAGCAGCAAUAGCUAUGGACCUUGGUCACCCAUAACCAACAUAGCUCAAGACCAUCUCUUUUCAAUCCUCCUACUCUUACCCAUAGAUUCGAUCCUCUCUUUUGCCAUGACUUGCAAGAGAUUCAGGUCUUUCACUUACUCUGAUUCCCUCUGGGAAUCCAUCUGCAGGAGGGAUUGGGGUUCCACUUCUGUUGAUGCUAUCAAAUCUGCUUCUGCUUCUGCUGAUUCCAGACAACACCAACAACACAAUCAGCUUCCAUGGAUGGAGCUCUAUCGCCAGGUCUAUCAGCUAGACUCCGUUUCUUGCAACAGGCUCUCUGACCCAGAUGGUGAUUUGGUGUUUCCAGGCCCCAGAGCUUCUCAUUCCCUCAAUUUUGUUUCUGGGUGUUUGGUUUUGUUUGGUGGGGGAUGUGAGGGAGGUCGCCAUCUCGAUGACACAUGGGUGGCAUACAUUGGUAAUGACUUUAAGCGGACAUUGAAUUGGCAGAAGAUUAAUUCAGGUAUUCCAACCGGGCGCUUUGGGCAUUCAUGUGUUGUUGUUGGUGAUUCUGUUGUCCUCUUCGGAGGGAUCAAUGACCAUGGUAUCCGCCAAAACGAUACAUGGGUAGGUCAAGUAGUAUUCCAUGAGACCCUCGGCAUUACAAUGUCUUGGACGCUACUUGAUGUGGGUCCCAUUGCGCCUCCACCACGGGGGGCUCAUGCUGGAUGUUGCAUUGACAAGAAAACAAUGCUUAUCCAUGGAGGGAUUGGAUUGUCAGGUCUUAGACUCGGAGAUACAUGGGUUUUAGACCUCUCUGAAAAUUUCCUUUUCGGAACUUGGCACGAAGUCACGACUCAUCCAUCGCCUGCAGCUCGGUCAGGACACUCUUUGACCUACAUUGGGGGAAACCAAAUGGUUUUGUUUGGAGGAAGAGGAUUGGGUUAUGAGGUGCUCAAUGAUGUUUGGCUCUUUGAUUCAUCCGAUGGGCGGUUGAGAUGGCUUCAAUUACUAUUUGAGCUACGAAGCAUACCCGAAGGACUCUCUCUCCCACGCGUUGGUCACUCAGCGACGCUCAUUUUGGGAGGUCGAUUGCUGAUUUAUGGUGGGGAAGAUUCGUACAGGCAUAGGAAAGAUGAUUUUUGGGUACUAGAUAUUAGUUCAAUUCCAUCCAUUAAAAUGGCGCCGAUGAUGCCAAAAUGGAAAAACGGAUCGAUUGCAAAAAUGUGGAGAAGAAUCAAGUCCAGGGGUUAUAAACCUAACUGCAGGUCUUUUCAUCAAGCUUGCGCAGAUCAUUCGGGGCGUUAUUUGUAUGUGUUUGGUGGAAUGGUGGAUGGGUUACUCCAGCCCUCUGGGUCAUCUGGGCUGAGAUUUGAUGGCGAGCAUUUACUUGUGGAACUGGUGCUGCAGAUCUAGAGAAGAAGAAUACUGUCAUCAAUGGCAGUUUUGUAAAUAUUAGCUAAGGUGUAGCUUUUAAACCGUUUUAUGUAAAUUGAGUUGAUUAUGGCUUUUUCAGUCUUCAUCUUGUUUUCAGUAAAAACAACGCCAAGGGUAACUAUCAAACAUCCAAAGAGUUUCUGUUUUUUUGUUUUUCA